AUGAAGAUCUUUCAAGCAUCACUGUGUCUGCUCAGUCUUCUCCUAAUCUUGCCUUCCCUCUUCGCCGCUUCUUCUUCCUCUGAAGAUUUCGAUUUCUUCUACUUCGUCCAACAAUGGCCAGGAUCAUACUGUGACACACAGAAGAGUUGUUGCUAUCCAACUUCAGGCAAACCAGCUGCUGAUUUCGGAAUCCAUGGUCUCUGGCCUAACUACAAAGAUGGCACUUAUCCAUCUAACUGUGACCAAACUAAACCAUUCGAUAGCUCAACGAUAUCGGAUUUGAUCAGCUCCAUGAAGAAGAGCUGGCCGACGCUGGCUUGCCCGAGCGGCUCAGGUGAGGCGUUUUGGGAGCACGAAUGGGAGAAGCACGGUACUUGCUCCGAAUCGGUUAUCGACCAGCACCAGUAUUUCCAAACCGCUCUUGCCCUUAAGCAGAAAACCAAUCUUCUUGGUGCACUCACCAAAGCCGGGAUUAACCCGGAUGGAAAGUCGUACACUUUGGAGAGCAUAAGAGAUUCGAUCAAAGAGUCAACGGGUUUCACUCCUUGGAUCGAGUGUAACAGAGGUGGAUCUGGCAAUAGCCAAUUGUACCAAGUCUACCAAUGUGUUGACCGGUCCGGUUCCGGUUUAAUCGAGUGUCCAGUUUUCCCUCAUGGAAAAUGUGGAGCCGAGAUCGAAUUCCCUUCUUUUUAA